AUGACUGGAGUAUUCGACCGAAGGAUUCCGAGUUUCAAACCUGCCGACUUCCAGAACCCUUUUCAGGUUUCCACCACAAUGCACCACCCGUCUCAGGAAUCCCCUACGCUACCCGAGUCUACGGCCACGGAUUCUGGCUACUAUAGCCCGGCUGGAGCAGUGCACCAUGGCUAUUGUUCGCCUAAUUCCACCUCGUAUGGGAAACCUCUCAAUGCCUAUCAAUACCAGUACCACGGCGUAAACGGAUCUGCGGGAAAUUACCCUGCAAAAACAUACCCAGACUACAGCGCAUACACAGCCUCUGCUUACCACCAAUAUGCUGGAACUUAUAGCAGAGUACAACCACAACCAUUAAGUCCGCAAGAAAAAGAAGUAGCAGAACCUGAAGUGAGGAUGGUAAACGGAAAGCCCAAGAAAGUCAGAAAACCACGGACAAUCUACUCCAGUUUUCAGCUAGCUGCCCUGCAGCGGAGAUUUCAGAACACACAGUACCUCGCGCUGCCAGAGAGAGCAGAGCUCGCGGCUUCGUUGGGACUCACGCAAACGCAGGUCAAGAUCUGGUUCCAGAACAAAAGGUCGAAACUGAAGAAAAUUAUGAAGAAUGGUGAGCUUCCACCGGAACACAGUCCGAGCUCCAGCGACCCUAUGGCAUGCAACUCUCCGCAGUCCCCCGCCGUCUGGGACACGCAUGGCCCGUCCAGGCCUCACAGCCACCAGGCGCAGAACAUCAACCCCGCGGCCUCCACCUUUUUGGAAAACUCCGCGUCUUGGUACUCCACGGCUGGUGCCAUGAAUUCUCACCUCCAGGCCCCCAACUCGAUACAGCACUCUUUGGUUCUUGGAUCUGGGACGUUAUACUGA